GUUAGAGAUGUAUAAAUAAGUUUACCACUGUGAUGAACGAUAUUUUUUGCUAAAGUUUUGUAACUUUUUUCCGUCUUAGCCAAAUAUUAGCUCUACUAGCUGCUGACGUUUUGACUUUUUGCUAUUGUGGGUUGCACACUGUUUGCUACGCUCUUGCCAGGCCGUUGGUUAAAAUGGUGUUUUUUACUUGCAACGCUUGUGGUGAAUCCCUGAAAAAAGCUCAGGUUGAUAAACACGUGAACAUGUGCAGAGGCUGCCAGGUCCUGUCCUGUAUAGACUGUGGAAAAGACUUCUGGGGUGAUGACUACAAGAAUCACGUUAAAUGUAUCAGUGAGGAUCAAAAAUAUGGAGGGAAAGCCUAUGAGGCAAAGGCAAAGAAAGGAGAUGUGAAGCAACAACAAUGGAUUCAGAGAAUUCAUGAAGCCAUGAAUAAACCUGGAGUCAGUGCAAAGCUGAGAGAUGUACUUCGACAAGUCAGUACAUAUGACAAUGUUCCAAGAAAGAAGGCUAAGUUUCAGAACUGGAUGAGAAACAGUCUGAAAAUUGCAAAUCCCAGUCUACACAGUGAAGUGUGGGACAUCCUCUCAGCAACAACAGACUGUUGUUCAGAUCCUCCUCCUGAGAAUAACCAAGCUAAAACUGCAGCAGUUAAAAAUGUGGUGGAAAAUGGGAAGGAAAAGCAGAAUGGCUCUCCAGAGGAACCAGAUUUUGAGGAGGAGAACAAGAAGAAGAAAUUGAACAAACAAGAGCGUAAAGAAGCCCGUCAACAAAAGGCAGGAAAACCCAAGCCAGACACAGAUGAGAACCAGACAUUCACAAAGAAAACAAAGGACAGAAAGAGAAAGCAUGACUGUGGGGAAGAUGAAAAUGGAGAGCUGAAUGGGAAUACUACUGACAAGUCCUCCAAAAAGAAGAAAUGUGUGGACAUAUCUGAAGCAGUGGCUAGAGAGAUGGACCUAACAGAGGAGCAUGAGGAACAAACUGCUUCCAAAGGCAAAUUUAACUGGAAGGGAACAAUCAAGGUAGUGCUGAGAAAUUCACCAGAGCAGGAAAUGUCAGUGAAACGACUCAGAAAGAAGGUUUUGGCUGCUUACUAUUCCUUCACUGGUGAUGGAAAUUUUAAAAAGGAGGCAGAGUUACUAGCAGUUUUCAACAAGAAGAUCAACAGCAAUCCCAAGUUUAGACUUUUGAAAGAUAAAGUAAGUCUUGUAAAGUAGAUGGGUGUUGUGGUUUUUUUUUUUUUUUAUUCAUUCAUCACAUACAUGUUAUUUCCAGGCUAUAUUCCGUAUUAUAUUUUACAAUCCAUUGUUGACUGCAGUCCUGUCAUGGAUGUUUUUAUAUAGAUGGCAUGAUUUUCAUGAAUAAAUCAUUGUGUGAUUCUA